CACACCCCAAGAAAUUAUCUAACCUUUUUCAUGAGGAGGCCACGUGAUCUUGCGGAUAAAUUGCCGCGUGGAAUUGUUUUUGCGAUCGAUAGUUCGCGCCAUUCCAGUUGUGCCCUCAGCUCUUUGUGUCUACUGUAGCCUCUUAAACGAAAACAUCACUCGUCCAAGUGAACAGUACUAGUAGCUAGGAAAAUGAGCAACGAAGUGGAGUUCAACAGUUUAACCAAAGAUGAUGUCAAGAUAACGUUUGAGGAUUCGUCGCACACGUCGAAACCGAGCGAGGAUGAAAUAGCGCAACAUAGGAAAACACGCUUGGCCCUCGUGGUGGUUUUCGCUGUGAUUGUAAUCGUGAUGGUGGUAGUAGCCGUCAUCAUCAUUAUUGUAGCACCCAAAUGCGAAAAGAAAGAAGAAGUACCAGAGGAGAAGAAACGCAGUGGCGACGAAUGGCUGAAACAUGGGAUCAUCUACCAAGUGUAUCCUCGUUCCUUUAAAGACUCCGGUAAAGAUGGAAAUGGCGAUCUGAAAGGUAUCUUGGAAAAGAUGGAUUACUUCACUGAGUUGGGAGUACAAGCUUUGUGGCUCAGUCCAAUUUACGAUAUGAAAAAUUUUACGACCAUCGAUCCCAUGUUCGGAACCAUUGAAGACUUCGACAAAUUCAUCAAAGAAGCUCACGAUAAAGGCAUCAAGGUUGUCAUGGGGUUCGUUCCGAAUCACUCUUCGAAUAAACACCCAUGGUUCGUGGAGAGCCAGAAGAAUGCCAGUAACGCCUAUAGAGACUACUACAUCUGGCAGGGAGGCCCUGCAAAGAAUCAAACUCCAAACAACUGGAUAAGUGUGUUCGGGGGAAGUGCUUGGACCUACCAAGACACCAGGAAGCAAUUUUACUUUCACCAAUUCAGCAAAGAGAAACCUGACUUGAAUUUAAGAAAUGAAAAGGUGAAAAAGGAACUCCAGGAUGUUUUGAAGUUUUGGCUUGCGAAAGGAGUCGAUGGCUUUAAUUUUGAUGCUGUACAAUUUCUGAUCGAGAACGAUAACUACGCAAACGAAACGGCAAAAAGCAACUACAAUGCGUUGAAUCCGAAAUACGACAUGCUGAAUCACACACUUACUUAUGAUCUUGAUGAGAGUAGAACCUUGGUGAAGGAAUUCCAAGAUUUCCUUAACAAACAGAGUGGAAGCCAUCCCAUUUUGUUCACAGAGGUGAAUGGACCUUAUGACAAGACUUCAAAGUACUAUGAGGUGUCAGACAUUCCAUUCAACUUUGGCCUGAUCACCAAACUUAAUGAACAGGGAAUGACACUCGCCCAGAGUAUCAACAAGACCGUCAUUGAAUACUUAGCUAGUGUUCCAAAGAGCAAGACACCCAACUGGGUCACUGGCGAUGAUGACCAUGAACGUAUUGGCAGCAGGGUGGGCGAAGACAACAGACAUGCAAUGAAUGUCCUUGCACUUACCCUGCCUGGUUUGGUUUCUACCUACUAUGGUGUAGAGAUUGGCAUGUUAAAUAGUAAAAUUGCCAAUCAAACUGACCGUAUGGAUAUAGCAAGAACUCCCAUGCAGUGGAAUGCAAAUAAAAAUGCUGGCUUCACUAUAGGCAAACCCUGGCUGGAAGUUGGCUCAAAUCACAACACCAUCAAUGUAGCCAAUGAAAAAGAAGACAAAGAUUCAAUCUACAGCAAGUUCAAAGAGCUUGUUGAGCUUAGAAAGAAAGCAGCUACCCUGAGUGAUGGUGAAUUGAAAGAGGUGCACACCGAUCUGCAAGUGUUCUCCUUCAUUCGCAGCCAUGACAGCGAGCACCUCCUUGUCAUCAUCAACUUUAGUGACAAAGUUUGGAAUGGGGAUCUUGACAAGAUCUCAGGCAGGGGAAUAGUGGUAUUUGAUACUGAAUCCAAAAUGGUUGGUCAAGAAGUGGAUGUGAAUAAGAUUAAACUUAAUGUAGGCCAAGCUGUCAUUCUGGAAAAUGGUAAAAAUGAGUGGCACUUGGAAUAGAAAACUUUCAAUUGAUCUCUCAGGGUUUUGUUUUGUUUUGUUUUGUUUUUUUUUUUUUUUCUUUUGUCAGUCUGCUGCUAAAUUUUAAGUACCAAACAGCAAAAGUAAUUGCAGUGUCAAAAACCAUUUAGAAGAAGACUGAUAAAAAGUAGAGAGAAAGCUUAUGGAAUUUUAGUCAACUUAAAUUAUUCAAAAUUUCAGACAGACAUCAUAUGCUAUAUCUAAUGAAAUACUGAUACUUCAAGUAUGGAAGAUUACAGAAAAAGCAUUGGUUUGUUUAAAAUGGGACAUGUGUUUUGUUAGCUCAGCUGUAAUUCACACCAUAUGAGGACUUGAGAUUUCUUUCUUUUUGGUUGAACCUACGUGUAGAAUCAUACUUUACUCUCUUAGUCCCUCAUGAGUGUGUCAGUUACAUUGCUACAGUACGUACUUUAUUACACAUUCAACAGUUCAUUCAAAAAAGUAUAAUUACCAUAACUUAUCAUUACACUCAUCUAGCCGAAAGAGUUAGCAUCUUACACCUCUUGGUCAGGUCUAUUUAAUUGUAUCAUUUAUCAUAAGUUUUUGGAAGUCAUACAGACCAAGCUCCUCCAUAAGACAAAGUUUUCUUCAAUUAUUUGUUUCAUUCCAAUGAAAAAUGCCACUUUCUGUCAGUGCGAACUAAAUUUUUCACCCUUUAACUCCCACAAGUGACCUCGGCAGAAUUUCUCUUCACAUUAUUGAUACAAUGAUGCCAAACAGAUAAGUGACGAGAAUUAAGUGUCAAUUGAAGAAUUAUAAGUUGAUCAAAUACAGUACCAAAUUUUCUGAACCAACAUAAGAAUAUGGCACACAAUAAGGAGAAUUACUAAUGAGAUCUGGUAGUGCAAGGGUGAAAAGUCUGAGGAAAGGUAUUAUCAACAUGCUCUAAAUGUGAAGUGUUUUCUAAUAAUGGUUAAAAGGGUUUUAACAAGGUCAUGAUUUGUUUAGUGGGAAGUGAAGUGAAGUGAAGGAUGCAGACUUGCAGGAGCGACACUAUCCGUACUCUUAAUCUCCUGAGUAUUUGGUCGAGUAUCUCAGUCGCAAUGAUUCGUGCUGCCUUCCACAGGAAACUUUCCAGUUGUAAUCCUUAAUUUCCACAGAAAAUGCAAGUUUAUACUAAUAAUUAUGGUUAAAGGGGUUUUAGCAAGGCCAUGAUUUGUGAAGGAUGCAGAAAGACACUAUAAGCCAUUCUACAGGGUGAAAUCACAGCUAAGUGAUACAGCUGCUGGUAAUUAAACUAUUAUUUGCAGAGUAAUGUUCAUAGCCCAGUGGCAGUAACUUGCAACUAAAGAAGCUCUUGAUUGUUAAACAAGAUUCUCCUUGUCAGCACCUUAGGAAAUGGGUAGAGAACAGUAUUGGAGAAUGUGCUUACUGUUCUUUGGGUAUAUAAGGUUAAAUUAUGAAGUUUAAUCCUCUUAAAGUAUGAAAUCCUACAAAAAAUGAUAGUUUGUGUUUAAAAUGUACUUAUUUCAAAUUAGUUUUAAUUUUAACUGCAACUGUUGUUAGUUGUAACACCAACAUCAGUCUUUCAGGGAUUGUUCACCAUUCAUGUUUGUCACUCACCAGUAACAUUUAGAUGGUAUCUCAACACGUUUAAUCUAGUUCAAACUUGUGACAAUAUUUAGUAUUUAGAAUUAAGGAAUCCUUCUUGAGUGGUUUAGGUUUUGAUUGUUCCUUCUGAGAACCUUGAAUUUUCCAAUUCUGUUUUUUAGUUUAUUUUUAUAUAAUCCUAGACUAUUGAUAUAGUAAUGAUUGGAAAGCCAUUUCCUUGUAAGCAAUAAUUGAUUAUCAAGUAGUUUGUUAAAUGAUUGAGAUCAAUCCUUUGUUAAGUAGGAGGUUGUCAUACAUUAAAAAAAAAAAAAGAGUGAAA